GUUUUAGUCCGAGAAUUUGCCACUCACAAAAUGGCGGAAGGCGCUCGCGUAUUGUUUCUCUCGGCGACCAAAGCAGUUUAAUGUACUACACUUAUAAAUUCAUAUAAGAGUUUAACCAGUUAUAUAAUUCGUUCAUUUAAUAUUGAAUUCUAAACACUAUUUUAAUUUUGUACUAUAAGAUUUUAAAGUUUCUACCAAAUAUCUGCGUGGAUCGUUUUGAUUUACACUCAGGCUUCACAAGUGCUACCCAAAAAGGUCUUUCCCCAACAUGUUGAUAAGCCUAAAUUUUAAAAACACCACUCGUGUUUAAGUGUUUAAGCGUUACUUUGUCGCUGGUUAUGACAGAUAGUGCUUUACAACAAGUGACUCCGCUGAAACUGACUCUCUCUUCAUUUUGGGAGCAUGCUGUAUAAAACCGCGUAAAAUGAGCUCUGAGGUCUGUCCAUUCUGUGGAAAAACUUACAAAAGGUUGAAGAGUCACCUUCCACACUGCAAGGUAGCAGCGAGCUCUAAAGCACCUUCAACCACACAGGAUGUUGCAGACACUCAGAAACCUGCUUCCCAUCCGGCUGCAGCGGUUUUCAAAACAACCUCAAAGGGAAAGAAGAGCGAGCACAUGUCCUCCGUGGCAACGCAUCUACCAUCAGAGAGGAGCAAGAAAGGUUCAGUGGCAUCAUUAAAACCAGUGCACUUGGCAACACCAGAUGGCUCAUCUUCAUCAUCAACCAUUGCAUCAAGCUCAUCAACCUCGAAGAAGAAGAAACAGUCCCUGGUUGAUCAAAUCAUUACAACAUCCCCGUCUACCUCCCCAACUUCUCCACUGUCCUCUACUUUGUCCAAGCCAAAGAAGAAGAGUCUCCGCGCUUUGAUAGAAGCAGCAAAAUCUGAACAUGUUGCAAAAGAAACUCUAAAGGGAACCAGAUCAGCCUCAAAAGAUUUAAGUCUGAGUAGAACCAGCAACCAAACAGAGACCAAAGCAGUUCCAGACUCAUUUAAAGACACCAGUGUUGUUUCAGGGCUUGCAGAAACUAAAGAUGACAAAGAACCAAAGGUGAAGGAUGUUCUUUUGACAACCAAAUAUACCUCUGACUUCCUGGACCCUAAUGUGAAUAAAAAUAAUAUCAAGCACCCUGAUUGGGGGACCGAGGGGUCUGUGGAGCCAGGAAGUGGUCACCAGAUUAGAGUUACCCUGCAAGAUGUUAAAGCCACACUCGGCAGAGCAGCCAGCCAUCGGCUGUCCAGUCGGCCGACCAUCCUGAGCCGCAUCUCAGUAGCUGACAGCCUGAACAGCGAAAUCAGGCUGGACACUGAUCUCAGUCUGACCCCGCUUUCAGCAGCGAACCAAAAACACCCCGUAAACUAUUUGGCAAAACCCACAACUCAGUCAGAUAAGCAGCUCGGCAACAGAAAACAACCGAAAGAGCUACAACUGUUUCAGAAAAACUCUAACCCAACUCAACAAGAUACUGAUCGUCAGCUGGAGCCAGCUUCAGCAUGUGCAAAAGUACAGCUUGGUACAAGUUCCUCCAUCUUACAUGAGAGCCUGAAGGUGGACCCUCACAGAGGACUACUCUCAGUAUUUGCAUCCCCCCACCUGAUCUCCAGCCACCAUCUCCAUCCUGCUGGAACACAGCGUUUGCCUGGGAUGGCUGAAGAUUUCCAACUCCUCACCGGGAAGAAUAACAUUGCUGAAAAGCCAACUGAAGGAUUGCUGACACAGCGAAGUUUGGACCAAGUGAGACUGAAGGAGCUGCCUGAUUGGCUGGCCAGCAGAAUGCCCAGUCGGCCCAGAGAUGUUGUAGAAAUGGUGGAGAGAGGCUGGUUGUGGUAUUACAGACGGUACAUCGAUGUAAAGAAAGGCAGCGUCGGUGGACUGAGCAUGCUGCUGGCAGGAUACUGUGUGCUCAGCUACAUCUGGAGUUAUCCCCAUAUAAAGUUAAGUCGUUGGAGGAAGUAUCAUUAACGCGAAACGAAGGAUUUAAGGCAAUCGUGACUGAAGGGAAAAGCAGGGAGUAAACACUUGAGUCUCUGCAACUAUAAAUUUGACUGGAUUUAUAUUUAACUUGUGACUGAUGUAAGAAGAGAUUAUUAAUUUCAACUACACAUGCAUCUACUUUUAGUUGAACAGACUCCUAUUAAUCAGACAGCAUAAGGCAGCUGCUUGUGAAUGUAGCUUAAAUGAAGUGUGGAGUGCAAGGAAAGCAAAUACAUUUGCCAUCUAUACUUUCUGGUUGAAGGCAAUAAAGUUUGUUUCUGCA